AUAUAGGAUUGUGGAUUAUAUUUAUUUAAUGAAUGAGGUAUUUACACGUGUAUAUAAAACAAGAGAAAACUUCCAGAGAAACAGAAACUGUUCCACAUACAUCUAAAAUGGGUACUACAGUAUCGUUUGUAGUGUUAGUACUUCUCUAUCAUAUCUUAAGCCUACAUUCUCGAGUAGAUUCGUCUAACUUAUUAUUCAACCAGUCGGAGGUUCCUCGCCCAGCAACUAAUUGUUUGGAUUUACAUGCCUUAGGUUUUUUUGAAAACGGCUGGUAUCGAAUUUGGCCUCGUUACUACCACAGACCUGUGGUCGUAUUUUGUGAUAUGGUUACUGAUGGUGGAGGGUGGACGGAAAUGAACUGAUAUUCAUACUUACCAACGGUCACCACAUGGAACUCCGGAUAGACAUUGAAACAUUUGGUGGUGAAAAAGCUUAUGCCAAAUACAGUAACUUCUUAGUACGUAGUGAUAGAGAAAACUUCAGGUUAACGUUUGGGUCCUACCGUGGAAACGCUGGAGACUCAUUGACGGGAAGAGCCAACAAUUCUGAAUUCUCCACUUUUGAUAGGGACAAUGAUAAAAUAUCUAAAAGCUGCGCUGUUGCAUACGACAGUGGUUGGUGGUUUAAAGAUUGUUUUCAUGCAAACUUGAACGGCCCCUAUGUACCAGGUGGUGAAACCUUAUCUUGGAAAGAGAUCAUUUGGGACGAUUUUAAAGGAGGUAAAGAAUCAAUGAAGAGAAGUGAGAUGAAGAUUCGACCUGAAAUGUAGCCAUAUUGCUGUACGUGAUUAUCUUCAAGUUGUCAACGAUGUUCGUUUAUUAAAAAGGUCGUAUGUGA